AUGAGCAGGCCGCUUAGUGAGAGGCGGAGCAGCGGGACAGGCGAGAAGAUGGAGGCAGCGGCCGCAGAGCGGGGUCCGGCAGCUGCUGGCGGCGUUGCGCCCCUGAGGCCGCGGGCUGCGGCGGUGCCGGAGCGGCUGCAGCGGCGGGAGGCGGAGCGGCAGCGGGAAGCGGAGCGGCGGCGGCAGGAGAAGGCGGCCCAGGCGGUGCAGGAGGAGCAGAGCGGGUUCUUCGCGGCCGCCUUCUCCCGGGAGCGGGCGGCCAUCGAGGCGCUGCUGGGGCCCGGCCCGGGCCAGGCGGAGGCGGAGGAGGCGCUGGAGGAGGCAGCCGCCCGGCUGCAAGGGCUGCAGAAGCUCCUCACCGACAGCGUCCGCUUCCUGGCGCCGUACGAGGUGCGGCAGGCGCAGGAGGCGCUGAGCCGGCUCCAGGGGGCCCUGACGGCCAAGCGCCAGAGCUGCAGCCCAAGAAGCGAUUCGCCUUCCGGGCCCGCAGGAAGGAGGCGGAGUCCGCCCCGCCGCCCGCCCCGGCCUGCCAGCUGCCCGCGGAGUCCGCCCCGCCGCCCACCCCGGCCUGCCAGCUGCCCGCGGAGUCCGCCCCGCCGCCCGCCUCGGCCGGCCAGCUGCUCGCGGAGGGCGAAGGGAGCGGCCCCCCCACUGUGCGGCUUCAGCCGGGCCGAAGCCCAGACGCUGGAGCUUGGCCCCUCGGAGCUUUUGCAGCGCGAUGUGCUGCUGGCCGAUCUGAGUGACUGCCGGGUGCUUCUUCGCGGCAACCCCAACACUCUCCGGGUACGGGACUGCCGGGGCUGCACCGUGCUCUGUGGGCCCGUCUCCACCUCGGUGCUGGUGGACGGGUGUAGCGACUGCCUCCUGGUCCUGGCCUGCCAGCAGCUCCGCACCCACCGCACCCGGGACAGCCGGAUCUACCUGCAGGUGACCAGCCGGGCUAUGGUGGAGGACUGCAGUGGCGUCCGCUUCGCCCCCUACACCUGGAGCUACCCAGGCAUCGAGGGCGACUACGAGUCCUCUGGACUAGACAGAGGUAGGAACAACUGGAACCUGGUGGAUGACUUUGACUGGCUGGCCAGAGAUGAGCCCUCGCCCAACUGGAGCGUGAUCCCUGAGCAGGAGAGAAUCACCCAGUGGGACUGAAUGAGGGCUGCAAAGGAAAAACUUUCCACCCUAGAGGAGCUCUGAGACUGCAGAGGAAACUUGUGACUGUACAGCAGGUCCCAGCAUAGCUGCAAAUAAAACUAUCUUUAAUUCAUUCUAAAAUAACUUAAUAGCAGUUUGUGGGUCUUUAAAUCCUGAAUUAUAAUGUGGGAUUAAACUACUUGUUCUAAACUGCUAUACAUUGAUGUGCUAUGAUAGAGGCUGGUAACCACUGCAGUAUCCCUGUGACAACUCUUUAGGGCUUCUGUGAUUUGUACGCUGUUUUCCUGCUCACUGGCAAUGAGCCUCUAAAUAAAGGUAUGCUGCUGCCUACUUGUUCAGCUGGAUAAAAUCUGAAUUGCCUUGUGGUGAUGUACAUUUCAGUGGACCAGGAAAUUUAAUGCUCACACUCCUGAGUUCUAUAGGAUAUUACACUUUCUGACUCUGUCUUCACUAGCGUGUGUUCUUCAUAGUAGGUAAUGUGGUAAAAGUUUUUCAGAGAGGUGGAAUUUUUCCAUUGCCCUAGUGCUGUCUGCACUGAGGUUUAGGUUGACUAAAAUUCACACUCCUGAGAUGUAGGUUCACAACCCUAAACUGUGUAGUUAGAUCAGCCUAAAUUUUCAGCAUACACCUAGCAGUUACUUUAGUCUGCUAAUGUGGGUGAAAACUACAACUUGCCUUGUCUUCAUUAGGCUUUUACAAUAUGUUGGCCACUAAGGUAAGAACCUCCCUCUUUUCCUGGUGGGAGGCUAACCCUUUUCUCACGGUUUUGAUCUCAAGUUAACUUGAGAAUCAGUUAACUCAAGGUAAAUAUGUUCAUAAAUGCUGUUCUGGGUGCUAAGGGACAAAUGGUUGUAGCCUGAAACAGCUAUUUGGGAAGUAUCCAGAUUAGCCAUUACAAACAUUAAUUGGCAAAUCAGUUAACUCGAGAUAAAAAGUAGUGUAAACAAGUUCUUAGAGAACAUAUUUAAGGUAUGCAAUAGGUGAUUUGGUACCACAGAGGUCUUGCUCUAGUAAUAUGGUACAGUUAUCUAAAGGGGUUGAAUUGAUGUGGAAUGUUUGGGGAGGAUGGUUUAGAGAGAACUUCCUUGCCUCUUUCUCCCCUCCCCCC